CCAAUUUAAUUGUUCACUCUGCACAAAUUCUGCGCAGUCAGAUUUCUGUGAACGCACCAAGGGUGUAAUCCAAGAAGCACAUUUAGUCCAUCUAUUGGCUUCACGGGUUGUCAAUCAAAAGUGCACAGACCACAGCCACCCCAGAAAAUAGAUUCGCGGAGAGGGAGCGAGAAAGAAAGAAAAACGGCAAAGAAAGCCUGCUAAACAUACAGAAGACAGAUCGCAAAAUAAUUAGACAUUGUCUAUAUUCAGUUCACUUUAAAAAAACAAACAAACAAAAAAAACCCAUCAAAUCAAGGUUCAUGCGAAUUCACAAUUGUGUUGUGUUUCUCUCCGAGGAUAGAGCAGUGAAAGUGGAUAGCUCACACGUAUGAGACACCGGCAGCCCUAGAGUGUGUGUUCUGACAUGGAAUAACACAAGCCACCAGAUGAAAACAUGAGGAACCGCGUGUUUCCCUCUAGAGGUGCUUGUAGGUUUACUGUUUUGAUUUCAAUUGUAUUACUUUUCUUAGCGUACAUUAACAUCAAAGCAUCCAAGACUGAACAGAAGCCCAGCAUGGGGGAGGGGUAUAAUGUGGAUUCCAAUCACGCAAAGCGUGUACAAACUUUUGUCACUAAAAUCUUGCAGAGGAGAUGCAAGUGGUCUUCCACCAGGAAGAAUAUGUCCACUCUCUUUCCUGACCAAUACAAGACAGAUAUUCCUCCUUUCCUGAGGAAAAACGAUGUUCUGAGCAAGGCAGUGUUCAGAUACCCCCCUCCAUUUGGGUUUCAAAGCAUGGAGAAGAAACUGAAGGAAGUUCUAGGCCUUUUCCCCGAGGCUGCGCGGGAGGAGAGCAGCGUGAAGUCCUGCAGUCGCUGCGUGGUGGUGGGAAGCGGUGGUAUCAUGCGCGGGCUGCAGGUGGGCCAGCUUUUGAAUCAGUUUGAUGUUGUAAUCAGAUUGAAUAAUGCUCCUGUUAGUAACUUUAUUGAAGACAUUGGCAACAAAACCACUAUCAGGAUGAGUUAUCCAGAGGGAAGCCCCAAAUCAUGGGAUGAUGUAGAUCCUAAGACCCUGUUUGUGGCAGUCAUUUACAAAACAGUUGACUUUAACUGGUUGAAGGCCAUGAUUAAAAGGGAAACGGUGUCCCUAUGGGAUAGGUUGUUUUUUUGGCAGGGGGUGCCGAAGGAAAUCCCCAUAGGAAUAUCCCAGUUUCGAAUCCUGAACCCUGAAAUCAUCAGUCAAACAGCGGUGGACCUCCUCCGGUUUUCAGAACCGCGGUGGAAGUUUUGGGGGUGGGACCAGAACGUGCCGACGCUUGGGGUCACUGCCACAGUCCUGGCCACAUACCUGUGUGACGAGGUGAGCCUGGCUGGGUUUGGAUAUGAUCUCAAACAACCUGAAGCUCCGCUGCAUUACUAUGAAAACAGACGCAUGGACGCUAUGAAGGGGCAAACAAUGCACAAUGUGGAUGCUGAAAAGCAGUUCCUAGCGAAACUGGUUAAAGGAGGAGUAAUCACAGACCUCACAGGAGGAAUACACUGCAGUUUCUGUGAAAACUGAAAUUUAGCAUUAGUCACUAAUGCUAGCACAUAAUAUUGAGGAUUUUUUAAUGCUCUUUCAGGAAGUGUUUUAGUAUGUUUAAUUUUAUUGAAUUUGCUUGUACAAAUAAAAUGAAGUAAAUGUGAAAAUAGGUGACUAAUUUAAGGUAAGCACUGCAAUUUUGAUAAUUGUGUUUUUAGGGGUGUAUUGAAAAGCAUAUCGGCUCCAUACUGUAUGAUGUGUAUGUGUCUGAUCGUUUUCAUACAAUACAAUGUAGGUCAUUCAUUUUUGGUAUCAUGCAGCAGUUAUAGGGAAUUUAUCCAUGUUUUAAAAAAAACAAACAUGUAAUUGCUAGAUUGUCGGGUUUGCUGAGCCAAAUUGUGGAUGACAAUAGGACAAACUAAUUUCUCAGGCCCUACUCAGUUAUCUUUUCUUUUUUACUUUUCAAUGAUAUUAUAUAUAUUCAACUUUUGUAGACUGUUUAAGAAAGCAAUACUAGUCGGGUUCAAUACGUUUUAAGAAUAUUAAACUUUAUUUCAUCUGUCAAAAAAUGCACUAUGCAGAUUGGAGUUGCUGACCUGUUAAUGGAACCUCAUGUGAAUGUUUGUUCAAAACUAGUGUUUUAUUAGGAGAAACAUAUUUAAAAAAAAAAAAAAAAAAAAAUUAAAAUUAACUAAAAUGCAGACAUUUAUUGAAUGCUCCUUCACUGGAAAAACUAAUCCAAAUACUUUGUUUUGAAUGAAUUAAUUUUCUUGAACUUUCCAUUUUUAGAAAUGUUAAUUGUAACAUUCCCAUGCAUUGACGGUGGCAGCAGCAUGUUCUAGACAAGGCAUGAAAGAUGAAGGGUAUCUCCACUGGCUCAAGGCUGUACCUUAUUUCUUGAGACUCAGUGUGCUUAUGGCACUCUUUUUGGGUGGAGGGAAAAAAACUGCAGUUUCCUGAGAUUUUUUCAAGCUUCUUCAGGAAGCGUUUCAUGGGGCACUGGGGUUCUCCCAGUUUCUUUAAACGUGCAACCACAGAGACUAUCUUUAUGAUUCUUAAGCCCUGUCCACAUCAGUUUGUCACGCAUUUGUCUCCUCUCCGCUCGCCUGCUGCAAUUCUCUCUAUGGUGGUCUUCCGGCACGCGCCACCAAAUGACUGCAGCUAGUUCAGAAUGCUGACGCCAGGAUCCUUA